UAUUGAAAAUGUUUACAAGAGUUGGUGUCAAAUGUAGUCUUUACCUUAAAAUUUGGGUCGUCAUAAUUUAACCCAAAAUAUGAUAUGAUAUCCUUCGGUGCCAAUUAACAUCCGUUAAUCCAUACCAUUAGGAUAAGAAAAGAUAGAAUGUGAACAUCAAUUAUAAAGUUUAUAAAAAGUACGUGAGUUAUACCGUAACAUAACAGUUUUUGAAAUCACAAAGCACAUAGAUACAUACACACAACACAACGGUCCAAAAACUAUAUAAUAUGGCCAUCUCCGAACGUGACAACAUUAAUACCCCCACUCCCAUUUCAUUUGAUUUCCUCUUCUACAUAUCCCUCCGCUCCCUUUCACCACCUUCAUUCCCCCACUCAUCUUCUUCACUUACUCUCCAUAACCAAAAUGGAUAGCGGCAGCAGAGACAAAAAAUCCCACUCUCCACUUCUUAAGCCAUGGAAGAAAGGCCCUUCCCGAGGCAAAGGCGGCCCUCUCAACGCCUCCUGCGAGUACCGUGGCGUCCGGCAGCGGACUUGGGGCAAGUGGGUGGCUGAGAUCCGCGAGCCCAAGAAGCGCACCAGGCUCUGGCUGGGCUCCUUCGCCACUGCUGAAGAGGCCGCCAUGGCUUAUGAUCAAGCUGCCACUAGACUCUAUGGCCCUGAUGCUUAUCUCAAUCUUCCCCACUUGCAGCCAAAUUCUAGUGCUGCUAAAUCUAAUAUCUUCAAAUGGGUUCCUUCUAAAAACUUCAUUUCUAUGUUCCCUCAUCAUCGCCCUGCCGGUUUCAUGCUUAAUCUCAAUGCUCAGCCUAGUGUUCAUCUCAUUCAUCAGAGGCUUCAGCAGCUUCAAACCUCUCGUGGCUUUCUCACUCCUUCCAAGAAAGUUGAAGACAAGAGAGAAACAGAGGGAGAGAAGGACGAUGAAGCGCCGGUGGACGACGAGGCGGUGACGACGACGACGACAAUAAGAGCUGUGGAAGAGAAACCACAAAUUGAUCUAAACGAGUUUCUACAACAACUUGGGAUUAUGAAAGAAGAAGAGGAGAAAGUGAUUGAAUCAUCAGAAGGAGAGGAAGGGAAUGGAGGCUGUUGUUUGGGAUCAGAAUCAUCUAAUAAUAAUUUGAAAGAUCAUUACAGCGAUGAACUUGAAGUACUUAGUGACAAAAGCUUUAACUGGGAUUCCAUAAUGGACGUGCAUGCCAAUAUUGAAGAUCUUCAUCACCACCAUCAUCAUCAAAUUGGAAACUUUGAAGUUUAUGAUUAUGUUUAUAACUACGAAGAUGAUCUAAGUUUUCCCAACUCCAUUUGGGAUUUUCAAGAGGACCAUUCCACCGGAAUCAUACCUUGACCCUGCUUUGUUCCAUGAAUUAGGUUGGAAGUGCAAGUUUGAGGAUCUCUUUUUGUUCUUGAGGGGUUA